CAUCGAUUUGGUGCAAUUGAGCUGUGUUCCACGACGACGAAUUCCUCCGAUCGACAACCUCCAUCCACCACCAGACACCCCCCCAAACGCCCACGAUGGCCACUCCACGGCGGUUGCCCGCGCAGGCCGCUCAGGCUGCGCGAAACUUUGCGACAGUACGAACCUACGGCGGACUCAAGGAUCAGGACCGUAUUUUCCAGAAUCUGUACGGCCGGUUGCCCCCGACGCUGGCUUCCGCGAAGAAGUUGGGCGAUUGGCACAAGACGAAGGAGAUCAUUCUCAAGGGACACGACUGGAUUAUCAGCGAGGUCAAGGCCUCCGGUCUCCGUGGACGUGGAGGUGCCGGUUUCCCUUCAGGGUUGAAAUGGUCAUUCAUGAACUUCAAGGACUGGGAUAAGGACGACAAGCCGAGAUAUUUGGUCGUCAACGCCGAUGAAGGCGAGCCCGGAACCUGCAAGGACCGCGAGAUUAUGCGAAAGGACCCCCACAAGCUUAUCGAGGGCUGCCUCGUCGCCGGCAGAGCGAUGAACGCCACCGCCGCCUACAUCUACAUCCGCGGCGAGUUCGUUCACGAAGCUGCCGUCCUCCAGAACGCCAUCAACGAGGCAUACAAGGAUGGAUUGAUUGGCAAGAACGCCUGCAACUCCGGAUACGACUUUGAUGUCUUUAUUCACCGUGGUGCCGGUGCCUACGUCUGCGGUGAGGAGACCUCCCUCAUCGAGUCCCUCGAGGGCAAGCCCGGAAAGCCCCGUCUCAAGCCCCCUUUCCCCGCCGCUGUCGGUCUUUUCGGAUGCCCUUCCACCGUCGCCAACGUCGAGACUAUCGCUGUCGCCCCCACCAUUUGCAGACGCGGUGGCAACUGGUUUGCCGGCUUUGGCCGUGAGCGUAACCAGGGCACCAAGCUCUUCUGCAUUUCCGGUCACGUUAACAACCCCGUGACCGUCGAGGAGGAGAUGUCGAUACCCCUGCGUGAGCUCAUCGACAAGCACUGCGGCGGUGUCCGUGGCGGCUGGGACAACCUUUUGGCCGUCAUUCCCGGUGGUUCUUCCACCCCUAUUCUUCCCAAGAGCAUCUGCGACAACCAGCUUAUGGACUUCGACGGUCUCAAGGACAGCCAGUCCGGUCUCGGUACUGCCGCCGUUAUUGUAAUGGACAAGAGCACGGAUGUUGUCCGCGCCAUCAGCCGUCUCUCCCACUUCUACGCCCACGAGUCCUGCGGUCAAUGCACACCCUGCAGAGAGGGUAGCAAGUGGACCGACCAGAUCAUGAAGCGUUUCGAGAAGGGCCAGGGCCGGCCACGCGAGAUCGAUAUGCUUCAGGAGCUCACCAAGCAAGUCGAGGGUCACACCAUUUGCGCUCUCGGUGAGGCUUUCGCCUGGCCCCUUCAGGGUCUUAUUAGACAUUUCCGUCCCGAGCUUGAGAAGAGAAUGGAGGAGUACGCUGCGCUGAACGGCGGUGCUAACGCUCUGGGUGGUGGUUGGGAGCCUACUGCCCGGGCUCAGGGCAAGCUGGUUUCACCGGGACAGUAAAAGGCUGGGAUUUUUGCAUGCUUGUAGACCGGCGCCCGAGGGCUUGUAUAUAUUAGUAGUACAUUAGCAGAGCCCUAAAUGCGCUGGAGUUCAUUUGUUCACGACUAUUCAACUUGUACACAUCGUUGCCCAUACUAGUGUGAUGACCCCAAUUCGAAGGCGAGAUGUCUGUAAACUCUCGAUAGUCAAGUGAUAGACUGAACUGCUCCGAUG